CACUUCGUGUCCAAGCUGGAUGACUAUAUUCAGAGCUUCAUUAUAAUAUAUACAUCGAUGACAUUGUCGUGCAUUAUUCUUUAAAAAAAUGUUCAACAAGGCGGGGAUACAAGCCACAGUUUACGUGUAUAUCAUCAUGAUGAUUACCGGCGUUCAAACCGGAAAGCUCCAAAUACUUCGAGGACAGUCCGCCUCAAUGGCGUGCUUUUUCCGAGAAUGGGAUAAAACAACUUUGAUCCGAUGGAGGUCAAAGGAAGGAAUUUUAACGAGGGGAACACAAGUUUACAAACAGAACAACAUUGAGGUUCAAAAGCCGACUGAAUACGACUGGAACCUAGUUAUUAAGAAGGCGGAUGAUGGGUUUGCAGGAAAUUAUACGUGUGAGACAGAAAAUGGGACGGUCAUAGCUCAGUACACCCUGGAAAUAAUCUAUCCGCCUCGGAUUAUACAAGACAGGUCGUCUGCUACUCGUGUGGUGUUCGAAGAAGGCAGCACGCCGAAUCUGACGUGCCACUUCUCGGGUGUUCCUACGCCUACAGUGUGCUGGUAUCGGGGGUUGAGGGACGCCUUAGACACGGGCAUAACUGGUGAGAUACUGCGUUUGCCGGGCGUUACUCGCUACGCGUCUGACAGUUACAUUUGCGAAGGCAAGAACUCUGUUAGCAGCGUUAACCACACGAUCGACCUGCAAGUGAACUUCCCUGUGGAGGUUGAUGUGAUGGAGGAGGAAAUCCAAGUCCAAGCUGGCGCAGUUGUUUCCCUGGUAUGUGCUGUGGAGGGACAGCCGAUAAAAGAAGGAUACUGGCGGGAUCCGCAGGGCAAGACGAUCAUCUCCGAUUGGAAAUUUAAUGUCACUACUGAAAAAGACGGCGAUUUCCCGGUUAUGUGGUUUAUAACCGCAACUUCCAGAUUUAGUGCACUUGUGUCUGAAUACGACUUUGGAGACUACAUCUGUGUAGGAGUAGGGGGCAGCAAUUCCGCAAGUAAAAUGACUCGACUGGUGAAAUAAGAUUCAGCGAGUGAUGUGAUCAACCACAAUUAAACGAAGAAUUGUUUCCAUAGUCACUUGCAAACAAACGUUUAUACAGUGUUAGUCUUUAUUUCUAACAUGAAAACAAAAAACAACAAGACGCAAUUAUGAUUUAAAAUAUUAUCAUACAUGCAUUCAAGGGUUAAAAAAAGAUUUUUAAUUAUAAUCGAGUACCUUUUAUAGCAGCUUUGUUCAUAUAGGUACACACAAUAUAAUUGUAAUAUGUGUGCCAUAACGAUUUAAAAACUCUUUUGAAACGAAUUGGUAAUAUACCGUUAAUUUAUUCAUGAUACUAUUGAUAAUUGGUCAGCAAAAGUACUUUUGGAUUUGCAAACAUGGACAGUGUUGCUUUUCACACUUGACAAGGAAAUCACAUAAUUGGACUCAGGUUUUUGAGAAUUCAUACUUGAUGCAUUUAUGUGAUGAAUAGCCGGAAAAAACAUAAAUUGUUAUCACGAUUUGUUUGUUCAGCGACAAAUAAACCACUGAUAUCAUGCAUAAGCUUACCAGUCUAAGGCCACAUACAUAUUAUUCUUUUUUCAACACUGAAUGUCGUGUAGUUUUAGCUUACAACUUAAAACACACGAGUAAAGUGCUGCAUUAAAAUUUGGCAUGUAACACGUUAGUUAUCUUACCGAAGAUGAAUCAACAACAAAUAAACAGGCCUAAUGCAUCCUUCAAAUGAUAAAAUAACAGUGUGUACACGAACCUGCCAUAACCCAGUCAAUCUCGUAUCACGUCUUCAAGCAUAAAUAUAUUGAAGAGUUUAUUUACCAGUGUCUGCAUGCUGCAAAAUGAUAUUAUGAAUAUAACGUAGAUUAUCUCUUGCAUAUAUAGACUAAGCUACAUUGUGUCCAUUGUUGUUUCAUUAUUUGUAUACCUCGGUUAUGUUUACUUAUCGUAAAGAAAGUAGCUGAAAAUGAAUUCUGCUAUUUCUGACGUGAAAUUAGAAAGUGUUUAACGUGGUUUUGAUUGCUUAUUGCGAUACUAAUAUGUAUCUUGAUACUUUUUUGUCAAAGGGCAGUUGACUUUGUUAUUACUAAAUGUUGAGUUUAUUAACUGUGUAACGUUGUUAAAAUAUAAACAAUCAAUAACGUACACGAUUUAUUAACGCAUAGUACAAGUCUGACAAGGGAUUAAUAGUAUCCUGAGUGCGAAGUACUGUUUUCCAAACAGUAUCGAUAUCUGAGCUUGUUUAGAUGACUGCAUUUCAAAGGAAUUGUAUUCGUUCGUAAAUGAAUUUCAUGUGCACUUUAAUUGUGAGUGUUGGGGUGUAGUGGGCAUAGAUGACAAUGGAAGAAGAGCUACCUGUGUGCUGAGUGGUUGGUUAAAAACAACACAAGAACACACACCCGUUGAGCUGAAAUGAACAUUUUCCACUUAGUAUGAACAUAGUUACAAUUCUGAUACAUUCAAUUCUUAAUUAUAAGACUUGGUCAUGCGGAUAAAAGAAUGGACCCGAGGUCAUCUGUAAAGAGCUAUUUAGAUAAGUAUAGUAGCUACAACGAUGUCGACAUAUUUCAGGAAACACCGCAACCAAAACCUAAGAACACUUGUACCAAUUUAAUAAAGGUGCUCUGUAAUGAAAAGUCGAGCUUUGAACUACUUUUUGACAUUUGCUAUUUCGAUUAGGGCAUUUUGAGUCCUCUAUAAUUGAAUCCGUACGCCAGGCAACAUGAGGAAAACGUUAUGUAAAAUUAUGUAAACUAUGACGUCAUCGCCCUGCAAUUUUGAAGAGUUGAGGGGAAUUCGCCUAAAAUGAUGUUUAGCAAUUAAGAUUGAAAACGCAUUGAUAAUAUUUUGUUUGUUUAUGUAUUGAAACCAAUAUUGUUCAUAAACUAUACGGUAUUUUAUGGCAUGUAUUAUACAGCGGUGUUCUUUAAAAUAUAUUACAGAUUGUCAUGUUGUCUUUUUGAUUUGACUAUAUAUAUCUCCUGACUUUAUGUUGAUAAUUUCACAUUUAUAAACGUUGACACCACAUAUAUUUUAACUAAUGUUUAAAUAAAAGAUCGAAACAUUGAA